AGCUGCAUGGGGGAGCGCGGGCCGCGCUCGGGAAGAUGCCCCGGCCGGAGCUGCCCCUGCCGGACGGCUGGGAGGAGGCGCACGACUUCGACGGCAAGGUCUACUACAUAGACCACACGAGCCGCACCACCAGCUGGAUCGACCCGCGGGACAGGUACACCAAACCGCUCACCUUUGCUGACUGCAUUAGUGAUGAGUUGCCGCUGGGAUGGGAAGAGGCGUACGACCCACAGGUUGGAGAUUACUUCAUAGACCAUAACACCAAAACCACUCAGAUUGAGGAUCCCCGGGUACAAUGGCGGCGGGAGCAGGAGCACAUGCUGAAGGAUUACCUGGUGGUGGCCCAGGAGGCCCUGAGUGCACAAAAGGAGAUCUACCAGGUGAAGCAGCAGCGCUUGGAGCUCGCGCAGCAGGAGUAUCAGCAGCUGCAUGCCGUCUGGGAGCACAAGCUGGGCUCCCAGGUCAGCUUGGUCUCUGGUUCGUCAUCCAGCUCUAAGUAUGACCCUGAGAUCCUGAAGGCUGAAAUUGCCACAGCAAAAUCCCGGGUUAACAAGCUGAAGAGAGAGAUGGUUCACCUCCAACAGGAGCUACAGUUCAAAGAGCAUGGCUUUCAGACACUGAAGAAAAUUGAUAAGAAAAUGUCUGAUGCUCAAGGCAGCUACAAACUGGAUGAAGCGCAGGCUGUCCUGAGAGAAACAAAAGCCAUCAAAAAGGCCAUCACCUGUGGAGAAAAGGAAAAGCAAGAUCUCAUUAAGAGCCUCGCCAUGCUGAAGGACGGCUUCCGCACCGACAGAGGGUCUCACUCUGACCUGUGGUCCAGCAGCAGCUCUCUGGAGAGUUCAGGUUUCCCGCUGCCGAAACAGUACCUGGAUGUGAGCUCCCAGACGGACAUCUCAGGAAGUUUCGGCACCAGCAGCAACAAUCAGUUGGCGGAGAAGGUCAGAUUGCGCCUUCGAUAUGAAGAGGCUAAGAGAAGGAUCGCCAACCUGAAGAUCCAGCUGGCCAAGCUUGACAGCGAGGCCUGGCCAGGAGUGCUCGACUCCGAGAGGGACCGGCUGAUCCUCAUCAACGAGAAGGAGGAGCUGCUGAAGGAGAUGCGCUUCAUCAGCCCCCGGAAGUGGACCCAGGGGGAGGUGGAGCAGCUGGAGAUGGCCCGGAAGCGGCUGGAGAAGGACCUGCAGGCGGCCCGGGACACCCAGAGCAAGGCGCUGACCGAGAGGUUGAAAUUAAACAGUAAGAGGAACCAGCUGGUGAGAGAGCUUGAGGAAGCCACCCGGCAGGUCGCAGCUCUGCACUCCCAGCUGAAAAGCCUCUCUGGCAGCAUGCAGAGCCUGUCCUCGGGCAGCAGCCCCGGAUCCCUCACGUCCAGCCGGGGCUCCCUGGCCGCCUCGAGCCUGGACUCCUCCACCUCGGCCAGCUUCGCCGACCUCUACUAUGACCCCUUCGAACAGCUGGACUCGGAACUACAGAGCAAGGUGGAAUUCCUGCUCCUGGAGGGGGCCACGGGCUUCCGGCCCUCGGGCUGCAUCACCACCAUCCACGAGGACGAGGUGGCCAAGACCCAGAAGGCAGAGGGGGGCGGCCGCCUGCAGGCCCUGCGCUCCUUGUCCGGCACUCCGAAGUCCAUGACCUCCCUGUCUCCCCGCUCCUCGCUCUCCUCCCCAUCCCCGCCCUGCUCCCCCCUCAUCGCUGACCCCCUCCUGGCUGGAGACGCCUUCCUGAGCAACCUGGAGUUUGAAGACCCCGAGCUGAGUGCCGCUCUUUGCGAACUGAGCCUUGGCAACAGCACCCGGGAGAGGUACCGGCUGGAGGAACCCGGAACAGAGGGCAAGCCGCUGGGCCAAGCUGCGAAUAAGGCUCAGGGGUGCGACCUGAAAGUGGCCUGUGUCUCAGCUGCCGUGUCGGAUGAAUCCGUGGCCGGGGACAGUGGUGUGUAUGAGGCUUCCGUGCAGAGACUGGGUGCCUCAGAAGCUGCUGCUUUUGACAGUGAUGAGUCAGAAGUAGUGGGUGCAACCCGGGUUCAGAUCGCCCUGAAGUAUGAUGAGAAGAAUAAGCAGUUUGCAAUAUUAAUCAUCCAGCUGAGCAACCUUUCUGCUCUGUUGCUGCAGCAAGACCGGAAAGUGAACAUUCGCGUGGCUAUCCUUCCCUGCUCCGAGAGUACCACCUGCCUGUUCCGGACCCGGCCUCUGGACGCCUCGGACACCCUGGUGUUCAACGAGGUGUUCUGGGUGUCCAUGUCCUACCCAGCCCUUCACCAGAAGACCUUAAGAGUCGAUGUCUGCGCCACCGACAGGAGCCAUCUGGAGGCGUGCCUGGGAGGCGCCCAGAUCAGCCUGGCUGAGGUCUGCCGGUCCGGGGAGAGGUCGACUCGCUGGUACAACCUCCUGAGCUACAAAUACUUGAAGAAACAGAGCAGGGAGCCCAAACCAGCGGGAGCCAUGGCCCCCAUGCCAGGACCUGAAAGCACGGAUGCCGUGUCUGCUUUGCUGGAACAGACAGCCGUGGAGCUGGAGAAGAGGCAGGAGGGAAGGAGCAGCACACAGGCCCUGGAAGACAGCUGGAGGUGCGAGGAGGGGACCAGCGAGAAUGAGACAGCAGCUGAGGAGGAGGAGGAGGAAGAGGAGGAAGAGGGGGAAGGGGAAGAGGACAUUUUCGCUGAGAAAGCCUCACAUGAUAUGGAUGAGUGCCCAGCGCUAAAGGUGGACAAAGAGACCAACACGGAGACCCCGGCCCCAUCUCCCACGGUGGUGCGGCCCAAGGACCGCCGGGUGGGUGCGCCAUCUCCAGGGCCAUUUCUUCGAGGGAGCACCAUCAUCCGCUCCAAGACCUUCUCCCCGGGCCCCCAGAGCCAGUACGUGUGCCGGCUGAACCGAAGUGACAGUGACAGCUCCACCCUGUCCAAGAAGCCACCUUUUGUUCGAAAUUCCUUGGAGCGGCGCAGCAUCAGGAUGAAGCGGCCUUCGUCUGUCAAAUCCCUGCGCGCCGAGCGCCUACCACGCACCUCGCUGGACCUCGAGUUGGACCUGCAGGCGACCAGGACCUGGCACAGCCAGCUGACUCAGGAGAUCUCGGUGCUGAAGGAGCUCAAGGAGCAGCUGGAACAGGCCAAGAGCCACGGGGAGAAAGAGCUUCCCCCAUGGUUGCGGGAGGACGAGCGCUUCCGCCUGCUGCUGAGGAUGUUGGAGAAGCGGAUGGACCGAGCAGAGCACAGGGGCGAGCUUCAGACAGACAAGAUGAUGAGGUCGGCCGCCAAGGACGUGCACAGGCUUCGAGGCCAGAGCUGUAAGGAGCCCCCAGAAGUGCAGUCUUUCAGGGAGAAGAUGGCAUUUUUCACCCGGCCUCGGUUGAAUAUCCCGACCCUCUCUGCGGACGACGUCUAAUCGCCAGAAAAGUAUUUCCUUUGUUCCACUGACCACGCUGUGAACCUAGACUGGGGCUAAAUUUAUUUAUGUGGUGUUAUAUGAAGGUACUGAGUCACGAGUCCUCUAGCACUCUUGUCGGUUUGAAGACAAACAGAUUUUUUUAGUUUGGGUUCUAUUAUUAAAAAAACAAAAACAAAAAAACCCACAAAAAACCAGCAUUACAAUGACAAGAUUGUAUAGUUUGUAUAUUUAGGAAUGUAUUUUUGAGAAAGAAAAUUUAAAUGAACUAAAGCAGUGUUAAGUUGCUGCUCUUCUUAAAAUAAAAUUGUUUAGAUUUUUUUUUUUUUUUUUUUUUGUACAGCUCUACCUUCUAGAGGUUUCACUGCAAUAAGAAGUAAUGUUUGGGGGACGGUAAUCCUCAAAGGACGUCCUGCAGAUGUCACAGCACAGCUGACCUUUCCUACUUAACAUAUUUUGUACAAUAGUU